AAAGAUCCCUCACAUAUACUCUCGGCCACUCCAGCUCUGCGAAACAAAAGUCUGAGUCGGGAGAGAAGAAGCAAAACCAAAACCUCACCACUCCGUUUGAAGUUUCGUUCCGAGUAAACCCUAGAAAGUUGUUCUGUUAAAUCUGAUCCUUAGCUCAACAUGAGUCGGCCUAUGGAAGAGGAUACUAAUGGUGGCAAGACUGAGGAAGAGGAAUUCAACACAGGACCCCUUUCUGUUCUGAUGAUGAGUGUGAAAAAUAACACUCAGGUACUUAUAAAUUGCCGCAACAACCGAAAGCUUCUCGGACGCGUCAGAGCCUUCGAUCGUCAUUGCAACAUGGUUCUUGAAAAUGUCCGUGAGAUGUGGACCGAGGUACCCAAGACAGGGAAAGGCAAGAAGAAAGCGCUUCCAGUGAACAAGGAUAGGUUCAUCAGCAAGAUGUUCCUUAGAGGAGACUCUGUUAUUAUUGUUCUAAGGAACCCCAAGUAGUGUUGCUGCUUAUAAUUACUAUUCAAGAGAAGUUGCUGCUUAGAAGUACUUGGCUAUGGAGAGAAAAGAACAACUAUGUAGACGUAUAAGUUGUUUUUCAUUCACUUGUUAGUUUUGAAUCUAAACGAGGAAAUACGGGAUUUUAAGCAUCUUAAUUUGCUUUGUAUCAACUACUUUGUAGUAAUUAGAGGGAAACUAGUAAAUACGGGAUUUUAAGCACCUUAA